AUGUCAAACAGCAUCAUCAGUGUUCUCGUCGGGAACUACGAGUCCAAGGAAGUCAUGGCCUCACUUAUCCAACGCGACAUUAACUUAUUUCCCUACACUGAUCCAGAGGCUCGCCUCGCCGCGGUUCGAGAAAUCUUUGGCCCCGACGUCGUCCAGUUCGACUUCGACGGCACUACCCACCACAGCCACGACGGCUUGCUAGAGCGUCCCUCCUUUCUGCUCGAGCGGCUCAGCGGCUUCGCUCAUCGCGUCGAAGGCGGAGCUGAUAACUACAAUCCUUUUCGGGUCGAUAACUCAAAAUCGUCAGACAGUUUAGGAAAGUUGAAACAGAUCAACUUUACCGCUACUAUAUGCCGAUGUGACGAGAAGCAACCCACCCGGGCACAGCGAAACCUUGUCCCGGCAUUGAAACGCUAG